AUUUUUCGUGAUAACUCAACAAUGGUAUUUGUUUUUGUUUUAAAAAAAGAUUAAAGAAAAGGAUAAUUAUUUGUCAUUUAUAAAAUUCGAUUCUGGAAAAUAGGAAAUCUCUAAAAGGAUACGAAAUAUAUUAAUCAAAAUGAACAUAAAGGCGAUAUUUCAAUGAAAUGGACCCAGUGACCAUAGGAGCAGCAGCUAUGGCGGUAGCGGCCGUGGCUGGGUGGUAUUCAUCCUGUCGAUCUGUUUCGGCGGCGGAAACUUCUAACAGAAAAUCAUUGGUGAAUCUAGAAAUCAAGAAAAAGCAGGGUGAAGAAGCCAAGACCAAAGCCGAUGCUUUGAAGGUCGACAUCGAGGAAGUUAAGAAGAAUAACACGGAAGCCGCCAAAAAUUACGAGAAUCUGAAAAACGAUUACACGAAACUCAUUAAGGAUAACGAGCAAUUCAAGAAAACGAUAGAGGCCAUCAAGAAUACUAGCAAAGCUCCUUGAAAGAGAACCAUAUCUUUUAUCCAGGGAUCAUUAUAAUUUAAAUACUGCCUUAGAACCUAUAUUCUAAUCAUUAUAUAACUAUUCUCUAUGAUUUUGUUUUUAGUAUAAGAAUGCUUUUUUUUUUUAAAAA